UCAGCCUGCCAUGUGUGGUUGUUGUUUUUGAAGUAGUGGUGAUUGUAGCAGUGGUCCUCGACUCCUCAUCACGCUCAUGGAUUAGGAUCAGCCGCGAUUGGCCUGACUCACGUUCAUGCCCGCCAUCACGGACCCACAGCUUGGGAUAGUCCUUGGGAUUGGCCCUUUGCCCGCCCUCCUCCGGUGGAAUCGCCGGUCAUGCUUCACUUGCAGCGAUGUUGGCCUGGGCCGCAUUCGGCUGCCCGGGUUUCGGCCUUUCAUCCCUUCGCUCUCAUCCAAUCUCGGCCGGGUUCGACCAGUCCGCCGGGGGAUUUCGUGCCCUUUCGUCAAUGGAUGGAUGUCCAACGUGCCACGGCCAAACGGAGUCUCGUGGUCCAAGUGCGGAACGUCAAUUCCGCCCCCGAUUUGUAUCAGUAUUGCGCUGACCAAUUUGGACCCAUCAAAGGCCUGCAUUUCUAUCAGACCCCCAACGCGUCAUUUUCGGAUUUUUACAUCGUGGAAUUUGAGGAUUUGGCCGGGGUGCAAGCGGCCAUGCAACAAAGUCAACAUAGUCAAGAUUCCCGCCACACCCUCAAAUUCCCCGUCCAAAGUCCAUUUCUAUGGUUUUCACCCCCGUCAUCGCCGACGAGUCGCUCUUCAAAAUUGGUGGUGAGCGAAGAAAUCCAACGCCUCCAGGUGGACUAUCCGGUUUUCGCUCAAACCAGUCCCACCUACGAAGAUAUGAUCCAUGAGUCCGGGCAACGGUCUAAUUUGAAUGAUCAAAUCUCCGGAUUGCACGCCUCCAGUCGCAUGAGCGAUAUCUCGACGCGUAUCCGCUUUUUGGCGUGCGAGCAAAUCGAAUUGGCCAUUCAGAGCAUGUUCCCCAUGGCUGAAGUUCUACCCUUUGGCUCAUCCGUCAACUCGUACGGGUCAUGUUCUAGUGAUGUGGAUAUGGUGGCUCUGUUAUCCAACCACAAUCAGAGUGACGAAACCAAGGCACGAUUGGUCUUCCAUGCCAAAGGCGGUUCGUAUGAAAGUUAUCGCGCCCAAGGACAGAUUUGGUGUCGGACCAUCGGGGAUACGAUCCGGACAUUCUUGCCCGGAUGCAAUCAAAUCAAUUCCCUGUGGCGAGCGCGGGUUCCGAUUGUCAAAUACAAGCAAGAACUUCUCGGAUUGGAGUGCGAUCUCUCCUACGGGUCAUCAUCCGGCUACCACAUGUCAGAGUUAUUGUAUAUCUACGGUGAACUGGACCCGAGAGUACGUCCUCUCGUGUGCACCAUUCGACAUUGGGCCAAAAUGAGAGGCCUGACCGAGACUCAACGUCCCACUCAAAUGUUGACCAACUUCAGCGUCACUCUCUUGGUGCUUUUCUUUCUUAUGAACCAACAUCAGAUGCUCCCUCCAAUGCGGACCCUCUACAAAUUAGCUCGUCUAGAGGAUCGAGUUAUCACCGAUGACGAUGUGGUCUGUACUUUUCUUAGGGAUCUCUCGGGUCGUCAAUCCCAGUUAAAUGCGCGUUAUCACGACUCGAAACUUACCUUGACCGACCUGCUGCUCGAUUUCUUCAAGUUCUAUGGAGAUUUCGAUUAUAAGAGACACACCGUGUGUAUAUUAACCGGAGAAUGCCAACCUAAACGGACACAAACAUCCUCGACCAAACAUAUGCAUUCGUGUUUAAGCAUCACCAAUCCUUUGGAGCCAGAUUUAAAUGUGUGUGCGAAUGUGACUUCGUUUGGAUUGGACAGUUUCAAGGCCAAUUGCCAAAAAGGAUACAAGUUUAUGACCGACGUUCAAUUGGGCAAUCAAGAGGCCAGAUUGGAUCUACUUUUAAGACAAAAGGCGUCCAAGUCCUCAUCAAAAGUGAAUGUGCAACAAAUGUUCCAAGAGGAGAAAAGUGGCAACAGUCAAGGUGCUGAUGUUCCCACCAAAGAAAAUCCGAGACACUUGAAUCAGAUGAGCGAUCGGAACUCUCCGUCCUCGGUCAGAGUUCGAACUAAAACGGUCAAAUCAGGCCACGCUGCUUUGAAAAUGAACACCCUGUUUAAACGCUAGGACAAUAUUGUGGUAUUGAAAUUCAUUCAGGGAAAAAAUCUUCAGUCUCAAUCGAAAGAUUCUUCGACGUCUUAGUUAUUCAUGUAUAGAAAAGAAAGCACACCCAAAGCGCGUUUGACUCUAAAAGAGGUUUAUAUGGAUGCAAAAUAUGUUGGGAGGAUAAUAAUACAUAGGUCAGUGUCCCUCGCCUUUUUUGCCCGUGACGCGCUUGAAUUCACUCAUAUCCGUGGUGGAGAGUGGGGUGCCAAUCACGGCGAAAUAAUCGAUUUGCGUGGUCUCUUCUCCGGCCUGAUUGUCUUGGAAGAAGAACUGGACGCUCUGAACAUUCUGAUACUUCACAAACUUGAGUGGAAUCGGUCGGCCAUCCAGUUGCUCUGGUGAUAAACUGAAAAACAAAAAAUCAAUUAAACCAAUGAAAUAAUUAGAUGAGUGAUCUCGAA